GGGGCGGCAGCCCCGCGGCGGCGGCGCGGCGCGGAUCGCGGGCCAUGGAGAGCGGCGGGGCGCUGAACGGCUCCGCCGCCGCCGGGCGCUUCGCCGCCGCGGGCACGGCAGCGCUGGGCGCGCUGAUGGCCCUGCUGAUCGCCGUCACGGUGGCCGGCAACGCGCUGGUGAUGCUGGCCUUCGUGGCGGACUCCAGCCUGCGCACCCAGAACAACUUCUUCCUCCUCAACCUGGCCAUCUCGGAUUUCCUAGUAGGUGCCUUCUGCAUCCCCCUGUACGUGCCCUAUGUGCUGACGGGGAGAUGGAUCUUCGGGAGAAGCCUCUGCAAACUCUGGCUGGUAGUUGAUUACCUGCUCUGCACCUCCUCGGUCUUCAACAUCGUGCUGAUUAGCUACGACAGAUUCCUCUCGGUGACAAGAGCGGUCGCCUACAGAGCCCAGCAAGGCAACACCAAGCGAGCGGUGCUGAAGAUGGUGAUGGUGUGGGUACUAGCGUUCCUGCUUUACGGACCUGCCAUUAUCAGCUGGGAGUACAUAUCAGGCCGGAGUAUCAUACCCACCGGGGAAUGCUACGCUGAAUUUUUCUACAACUGGUAUUUUCUCAUGACAGCCUCUACGCUGGAGUUUUUCACCCCUUUCAUCAGCGUAAUGUUUUUCAACCUGAGCAUUUACCUGAACAUACAGAAGCGGACCAAAAUACGCCUGGAUGUUUUCCACGAAGUGCACAACCACUCCUUCACCGAAGAGAUGGAAAUGAGCCCAGAAGCAAAGCUUUCUUUGAAAUGCUGCAAGUGGGAGCAGAAGGAGCCAGCUGAAACCCUCGACCUCUCUAAGAGCAAAGCUCAAGCAGCAGCCUCCCUGGCCAGCCUGGGUGCCAAAGACCUGCUGUCAACGAGCUCCGAGAGCUCCAGGAAACCCAAGUGUUGCAACAAAAAGAGCUGUAAAAAUUCAGCAUCCACUCUGUCCUUAGAGAAACGGAUGAAGAUAGUGUCCCAGAGCAUGACUCAACGCUUCAGGCUCUCCAGAGACAAGAAAGUGGCUAAAUCACUGGCAAUCAUCGUGGGCAUUUUUGGGAUUUGCUGGGCACCGUACACUCUUCUGAUGAUCAUCCGUGCUGGCUGCCAUGGCCACUGCAUCUCUGACUACUGGUACGAGACUUCUUUUUGGCUGCUGUGGAUCAAUUCCGCUGUCAACCCUGUCCUCUACCCUCUCUGCCACUACAGCUUCAGAAGAGCUUUUAUUAAACUCCUCUGUCCCAAGAAGCUGAAGAUUCAACCUCACGAUCCCCUCCAGAACUGCUGGAAGUGAAGCCAGCCCCGUGUGCGGAGGAGAGGAGCCUUGUUUUAAUACACCCGUGUUACGGAAAAGUGCUGUAGCUUGCUUCCUUGGAGAAACCUGGGAGCACUGGGCUGGGGCACAUGAGGAAGGCAGCAGGGAGACCACUAUUCAUUUGUUCUAGUCCAUCAACAACAAAAUCACACGGAAUAGAAGGGUAAGGGAUUUUUUUUUGACAUUAAUCACAGUCAGUGAAAUCCGUGUCCUCCGCUUGCAGGUGCCACAAAAGAGCUCUGCUGCCACCUAGUCAGCCAGAGUGGCACCAGCACUUCGUUAAAAUGAAAAGUGAAAAAUAAAAGCUAACAAAAAUAAAUAUCUAGCCUAAAACUACUGGACUAAAGUACAUUUCACCUGCUUGCAAACCUGAUUUUUCCCAUGAACGGGAGGGUUUUUUCCUUACACUUAAGAUAUUAAACUUGUGUGAUGACACAGAAAGAAAAGAAGGAAGCAGCAGGGAAACACCUCAUUUCUCAUUACUGCCCCAGCAGCCACAGCCAUAGCCUAGAUGCCCGUUGCAUGUGGUGCAAUCCGUGUCCCUUCCACUCCCCAAGAAGGGACAAAUCUCUGCCCAAAGGAGUCUACAGCCAGACUGGGAGGCGUCGAGCAUCCUGAAGCACCCUGUUGGCAUUCCCUGAUCCCGGCUUCAAAACUGAGCGGGUUUCUUUGUUCCCGGCCCCGGCAGAGCAGGGCUCCCACAGCAGGAGCAGCGGGGGGCGGGAGCCCGGGCAGCCCCCAGAAGAGGGAAAGGUGCCAGCGGGGCAUCGGCUGCUCCACAGCCUCCCUCACCAUGACCCAAAGACAUUUUAAAAUCUCCUCUGCAGCAUCUUAAAAAUACUCUUUUGGCAAUGUGCUAGAGAACGACAAGCACUGGGAAAAGCGAAACUUGUGUUCCUUUUUUCUUUAAGUUUCUUUCAGAGCUCUUAAUUCUAGCAAGUCCCAGAACCCUUGCGUGCUUUCUUCUGAAAUAAAUAAUUUGAAUGGAGACCCGGCUUGAGCUGAUCCAGGCAACAUCACCAUCAAUGUUUUUAAUUUUAAAAUUUUUUAAAGCAGUCAACUCUUUUCACAGAUAGAGCACCAGAUUCAAGAGAGCAGGGCUUUAACCUCUGUCUUAACAUAAAAUCUUGGGCAUUUUAUCUCUGCUUCCCAUCACGGGCUUCGUUAUCCUUGUCCUAUUCUCUAACCUCUUUGGGAACAGAUGUAGCACGACCAUAAAGCGAAAGACUUCAACUGCCCAUCUCCAUUGGCGCCGCUCGGUGAUCUAGUAAUACAAAUACAUAAUUAGUUGCCAUGGCAAACACUCAUAUUUAACAGUAUUGUACAGGGAAGUUCAAGAUCAUAAAUCUGAGAACUACAAUUACAAAUAGAAACCCAAAUGCUGUGAAGUAGUACCCAAAAGCUUAUGGUGUUGUGAUUGCCAAUUACACUUCGCUGCUGUAAGCACGCUGCUUUUUGGCUGCUGCUAGGAAUAAAAGAAAAUGCUAUCCAACUUUAAUUCCAGUGAUAUUGGUUGAGUAGGAUCAGUGUUGUCACCUGAAAUCAGGUUGUAAAUGAUGUCUGGUUUUGUGUAUACGAUAUUUCAGUCUUGUGACAUGUUCAGUCAGACCAUUAUAUACGGGUUAAAAUACAUCCUUUGAAGUAAGUGUACUAAGAACUGACAGUACGUGCUGUUGAGCCUGCCUGUACCUUUCCUUGUGUCUGCUACCUUCUGAAAACCCCAAUAAAGUAUUUUUAUACGA